AUGUCCGAAAAAGACAAAUCAAAAGUUAACACGCAAAUAAAACAUAUACCAAAAGAUGCACAAGUUAUUAUGUCCAUCAUGAAGGAAGUCGGAAUAACAGAUUAUGAACCACGGGUCGUUAAUCAACUUCUAGAGUUCAUAUAUCGAUAUGUGACUUGUAUUUUGGACGACGCUCGAGUGUUUGCAAAUCACGCCAAGAAAAAGACUGUAGACCUUGAUGACGUUAGGUUGGCUGUACAGAUGCAAUUGGACAAAUCGUUUACGAAUCCUCCACCGCGGGAAGUGUUACUAGAGAUCGCAAGAGUAAAAAAUGUAAACCCUCUGCCUUUGAUAAAGCCACAUUGCGGACUGAGGUUACCCCCAGAUCGAUAUUGCCUGUCAGCAUGCAACUUUAGACUGAAGCCAGCAACAAAAAAAGUGGUGACAAAACCUGCAGUACCUACUACGCCUACUAUUAAAACUGUGACCACACCUAAACCCAACACAAGCCAACAGAAUGUGGUUGUGAAAAGACCUCAGGGAACUAUUGUUAAUGUUUCUACAUCAAAGCCAAGUGUUGUUCCUAAACCUCUUCUGAAAUUCACUUCAGGGAGUAAGGUUGUUGCAAAACCAGCAGUACGUGUAACGGCUGGACCAUCAUCGCAAGCUCCUGUCAAAAUGGAGGUAGACGAAGUUGGCGCGCAGAAACGUAAGAGAGAGGACGACGAUUAUGACAUGUAA